UUUUCGAUUCUGUCAAAAAUUCUUUUGUGGUUACACGAAAUAAGAGAAGUCACGUGACCACUUUGUGCGUCAAACGAGAGCCAUAGCCUCCGGUCUCAUAAUUAUAAUACAACUCAUUAGAGCUAAUUGUUAAUUAACGGAACUCACUAGUGAGGAAACAGUGAAUAUCUGGAACAUGGGAACUGCCUCCAGCCGAGCUGGCAAUUAUAUGACAUUAAACCCGGAACAACAAGCUCUCAUAAAGCAAGUUUGGAUCGAUAUUGAGAAUAAUCCUCAAGCCCAUGGGAGUGUUUUUUUCAUGGGCCGACAGAUUUUGCGAGACUCAUCCUCAAUACACGAAAUAUUUUACGAGCGAUUCCCAAGUUCCCUUGACGUUUGAUGCUCGUACAAAUGCCAAGUUCACAGUAAUUAUGGAAACGAUGGGCUAUUUGUUGCUCGACUUUCACAAAAAGCCUAAACAGUUGGAUCGGAUAAUCGGUUACAUAGCAAUGAUACACAAAGACAUGAGUCUCGCGAGGUCAGAUAUGUUGAAUUUCUGCGAGCAUUUAUUGAAUUAUUUAACAGUGACUUUUCCUCUGGCGAUGACCCCCGAAUGUCUGGAGGUCACGACACGAUAUAUGAACCAUUUGAUGGCUGAGCUAUCUCAGAAAAUUGAAGAUUUUCAGAAUGAAGAAUCAACGAGAUACUUCGAAAAUGCUGCCAAAUACAGAAAUCCUUGUGGCUCGUGGCUGUUAUGCACUGACAAUUUGAUCUACGGUCAAACAUUGGAUUAUUGGAAGCAAAGAAAAGUUCGUUGGGAGGAACUCCUCGAAGAUUGGAGAAUCAAAGAAACGUCAGCUGUUCAAGUACCAAAAAAUUCCUCGACCGAAGACGAGGAAACUUCGAUGAUAAAAUCCAAAACUGAGGACGAGAUUUCUGAGUUCGCAGAAUCGACUGCUCGCCUUUUAGAGUCUCACGGAAUACCACGAACGACGAGAAUCGACACGAAGUCGCGAUCACUGAUGAAAGAGAUUCAAGAGCCGAGGCAAAAAUUCGGGGCUGUGAGGUUGACCGACCAGGAAGCAAAGAGCAAGAUCAAACCGAACAGUGACACGCUCCCCGAAAAUUCAGUGUCGACUUACAAAACUCCUCGUGAGAGAAGAAGAAGUAAUUUUUCUGCAAGAAUGGUGAGAAUGGCGAGUUUGGUCGACGAAAAGACGAAAAGUUCGUUGCGAAUGAGCGCCGAAUUUCCGGAUUCCAUGGAGCUCAAGGUUCCCACUAAAGGCCAAAAAAUGAAUUUGUUGGCACGUGAGCGACGAAGAACGACGCUGGCGCAUCCCACUCAUUUCCCGGCCUCUGACGAAAGUUAGCCUUCAUAAAAAGCUCCAUCCUCGAUUAUCGUUUGUGCGAAUUAUUUUUUCGGAUCCCCCUGGUUCGAGAGAACCUUUUGAAGCUGUAAUCAACCAACGUUCAUUCAAUAUAAUCGUUAGAAUAUUUCAAGUCAA